AGUUUCUUGUAAGCACGCUUCCCAGAAGAUCGGCCACUGUGUCGAGGGAUUCCCGUCGUAAAAUAAAGUCUCAAUCUUAAGUAAUCAAAAGCAGCGGGAAACCCAAGGUCCCGACCAAUCACGUGAUCACAACCAAUCAAAUCAAGUGGAGCCUGGCACCGAACGACUCAUCACAAAGAUGGCAUUUUGGAGUCUAGUGCUGUUGUACUGCUUUACUGUCGCCACAAGCGAGACCCUCAAGAAUGUGCUCUACAUCUCGAUCGACGAUCUAAGGCCUGAGUUGGGUUGUUACGGAUCGAGUGUGUUGUCUCCCAAUAUCGACUCUCUGGCCAACAGAUCUCUGCUGUUUGAACGAGCAUAUUGUCAGGUCGCUCAGUGUGCACCUUCAAGGGCAUCGUUUCUAACUGGACGUAGGGCGGACAGUAAUCGUAUAUGGUCAAUUGAUAGGCAGGCAUAUUGGCGUAAUCCUGGAUAUACAAAUGCUACAACGAUCCCUCAGUACUUCAAGGAAAAUGGAUAUAUUUCAAUUGGAAUGGGCAAGAUAUUUCAUCCCGGUCCACAGAGUGGACACAACGAUCAUAGCUAUUCAUGGAGCCGUGAAGGAUUACCAUAUUAUGAAUCUCCUGAUCAGACUGCACAAGGCCAGAACACGACAAGUUUGUGGUGGGCGUUUGAUGGGUAUACGGGUGCUGAGCUUCCAGAUGGUCAAAUUGCUGGCCAAGCUUUGAAAGUUCUACGAGAGUUGAAGACGAAACAAGACGGUGGAGACACACGGCCGUUCUUUGUGGCAGUUGGAUUUCAUAAACCGCACACACCCUAUUACAUGCCAAAGGAAUUCUACGACCUAUAUCCUCCAGCGACACAGAUUUCUCUACCAGAUAAUCCCCACCCACCUGUUGACAUGCCCUACACAGCGUGGAGUGGGUUCACAUCGCUGCGUCAAUACGACAAUGUGAAACAUCAUUUCAUAGGCAGUCGAUGUGGCAAGAAUGCUGCCACAGCAAUAUCAUCCACUUGUAACUUCCCGGACGAUGUCAAGAGGGAAAUUAGAAAAAGCUACUAUGCAUGCGUAUCGUAUAUCGACUCGUUGGUGGGACAGAUUCUUGCUGAGCUAGAAAAGCAAGGAUUUGCUGAGGACACGAUCGUUGUCCUAACGAGUGACCACGGAUAUCAUCUGGGAGAACACGGGGAAUGGGACAAAAACACCAAUUUUGAGGAUGCCACGCGAGUUCCUCUCUUGGUUCAUGUGCCUAAAGUGACAACCACUGCUACAAGAACGAAGGCAUUUGUUGAAUUGAUUGACGUUUUUGCGACUAUGGCUGAACUGGCUGGACUGUCAGCGCCUCCACUAUGUUCAUCAGAUAAUGACGUACUCACUUGUGUCGAAGGUUCAAGCUUUGCACCACUAAUCACACGUCCAGAGCAGACAUGGAAAAACGCAACUUUCUCUCAGUUUGCUCGACCAUUGUCCGGUAUCAAUGACAUUCCUGGUAAAGGGGUAUUGGACAACUCUUUGGGAAGCAUACAAGUGAUGGGCUACAGCAUCCGAACGGCACAAUAUCGCUACACUGAGUGGGUGAAAUUUGAUCACACGACUGCAACACCUGACUGGACCGACGUCUGGGGUGUAGAACUCUACGACCACCGCACAGAAGUCGGACUCUUCAACAACGAAAACAUCAACUUAGCAAACAAUGCCAGCUUUGUUGCCGUGAAGAGUGAACUACGAGCAGCUCUGAUGACAGGCUGGAAAGCAAGCAUCCCAAUACAAUCAGAAAGUCCUAGUACAGACAAGCCAAAGACAGCCAUGUCUGCUGCAUCAUCUACUGCUCAGGCUAAAAGCUCGACUGAAGGAAGCACCAAGCAAACAAAGUCAACUGAAUUACAACUAAAUCCAUCAAUAGUUGUCACUCUCAUGUUACUUUGUAUUGCUAGGGUUUUUGGUGUGUAAACAACCUUGGAGAGAGCAAACAAUUUUGAUGUUAAUUUUUAUCUAAUCUUUCUAUUAGCUAAUUAGACUUUCUAGACUGUUCCCUGAAGGUGAAACGACCACGUGGUCUCUUUUAGGUUUUUCCGCUUUCAAAUUGGCAUUUUAUGUGAUUUUCAGUUAUGUGUUGCAAUACAUGCCAAUAUAGUAAGAGUUCUAACGUCUCUGCAACUUCAAAGUUGCUGUUAUUUUGCAUGUCGAGAAAGUAAGUUUGUGUACAAAACAUCCCGACCCCUAAGGUCUCCUCCCACGCCUUACGCCGGUACUAUAGUGUACCAAUUCGCGCCAAUCACAACA